AUGAACCUCACGCAAUACGAGGCCGUCCGCGUUCUGUGGGUAAAGCCGAGCCUCGACGUCUCAUUUUCCAUCCUGGUCUUGCUUGCUAUCUCUACGCUGUUUUCACUACGCAUUCUGUCAUGGGCCUUGGCGGAGAGAAAGAUACGCAAACUCGGUGGCCACGCCCCUUCCGCUCAUUCAUCGGCUGAUGUGUUUGGCUUCGGGUAUCUCGUUCGAAUGGUCAAAUUCGCUAGCCAGGACCGAAACCUCGAAUUCUUUCACGACUGUUUAGUGAGUACUGGCCGAACAAAGUCUACGAACCCGUUCACGUACGAGUUUGGUAUUCUUGGAGAGCGGCGAAUCGUCACAGCCAGCCACGAAAACAUCAAAGCCAUUCAUGCAACUCAGUUCAAUGAUUUUGAGAAGGGCGACCGCUUUAGGCGGGAUUGGGGAGGCCUCUUGGGGCGCAGCAUCUUUUCGUUGGAUGGCGAUGACUGGCACCGUACGAGGCAAUUCUUACGACCGCACUUUUCGCGUCAACGCGUGAGUGAUCUUGAGUGCUUUGAGAGGCAUUUGGGUCAUUUGUUCGAUAUUUUGGAUGGAGGCAAAACUGUUGAUGUCGCUGAUGUGAUGGCGCGAUUUGCUUUUGACGCCGCGGCCGACUUCUCCCUUGGAAUCGACGUUGGGUCGCUCACAAAUCCGUCCCACACGUUCAUCGAAGCGUUCGACCGUGUGCACAGUACCCAGACGCUCAUUGAGUAUCUCAACCCAAUGGGCUGGUAUCUUGUUCCGCGGUGGCAGUACAACCGUGACUUGGCCACCAUGGACGCCUUUGUGCAGCCUGUGCUCGACGCCGCGCUGGCGCUUUCGGACGAGCGAAAAGCCGAGAUGUCACUUGGCGGCGAGCCAGAAAAGGAAGGGAAAUUCUCAUUCCUCAAGGCGUGCGCCGAGAUCAGCAGGGACAAGAAAUUCCUUCGAGAUGAGCUGGUCACCAUCAUGCUGGCUGCGAGAGACACGACGGCCAUGACCCUUGCGUGGUGUCUCUUCGAACUGGCCCGCAGCCCGGCUGUUGUUGAGGACCUGCGUGCGGAAAUUCUCUCGCGCAUUGGCCAGGAAAACCUGCCUACGUAUGAGGACCUCAAGGAUUUGCGACUGUUAUCAUGGAUCUUGAACGAGACGUUACGCCUCUAUCCUAGCAUCCCGUAUAAUGCGCGGGUGGCGGCUCGCGAUACCAGCUUACCCGUUGGUGGUGGACCAAGCGGCAAGGAGCCCAUCGGUGUCCCUAAAGGAACGUUGAUUUACACCUGUCCGCACGUUCUGCAUCUCCGCGGUGAUCUAUAUCCCGAGGAAAGCGAGUACCCUCUGGACCAGUUUCAUCCAAGACGCUGGCAGAAGUGGCGACCUGCGCCAUGGACUUACAUACCGUUUGGCGGGGGGCCAAGGACCUGCAUUGGGCAGCAAUUCGUUCUUGUGCAGAUGAGCUACGUGCUCGUCAGACUGUUUCAGCGAUAUACAGGACUGGAUUCCAUGCACGAGAAAACACCUGCUGGAGCUCAGGCUGACAACAAGCGCAGCAGUCCAUCUUGCACAGCGGCCACGACGUCGCUUGUGGAGGACUACAUGACGAGUCGCCCGCGAAUGAAGAGCGAGAUUACUCUAGGCCCCAGAGGCAGCAUCAAUCUCCGCUUUGAGUCGCAAGAUUAA